AUGCCAUUUGCUUGGAAAUAUAGCAAGGAAAGACUUGCAAAACAUCCAUAUUGCGCUCACAUACUUCGUAUGAAGAAAGUUAUUUGUCGUUGUGGUAAAACUAUUAAACUUAGUCGUCGCUAUGAUGAAACCUUUUUAAAUAUUCACGUUAAGGGUAAAGGAUGUUUGGCUAAGCAAGGAGUUCAAUCUAUCUUGAAUUUUUAUAAACCAAUUUCUAAGCUAGAAAAAAAUGAAAAAAAUGAAAAUGCAGAUGAUGUUAGUAGUGCCGAAGAAUGGGAAAGUGAUGAUGAUGAUAGAAUGGAUGAUGAUGAUUUGUUUAACGUUGAUGAAGAAAAUGAAGUACAAACAGAAAGUGAUAUUGAGGAUGAAUACUCAAGUAGUGAAGAUGAUGCAAUAACCUUAUCUAACAAUAAAUGA